AUGAUGCUCGCACAGGACUCGUUGCCGCUGAUUGCGACACUUAGCGGUGUUUCACUCCAUACUUUCGUAUACAGGUUUGGGGAAUGGGACACGACUUCUAUGCUCCUGGUGCAAAUCUAUACCUUCAUCUUUGUGGGCGGCAACUUAACAGCUUACCUUAAUUUAUUGACAUGGACUGGGCUCAGACUCUCGCCCGCGGCUUUCUGGAGCCUCUUCUGCUACCAUAUCUUGGGUAUCUACUGUAGCAUGCUCGCUUAUCGAUUAUUGCUCCAUAGGCUCCGCAGGUUUCCUGGCCCAUUCUUUGGCCGUCUGACGAAUCUCUAUGCGACGACAUUAACAGUAAAUCUACAGAAGCCUCAAGAAGUCCAAAAGCUUCAUCGUGAAUAUGGCGACUACGUCAGGUUGGGUCCUGGCCAUCUAUCCAUUGCAGAUCCAGAGGCAGUGCAGGUAAUAUAUGGUACCCAGUCUCCUGUGACCAAAGGCCCGUGGUAUACAGUACUGGAACCGCGCGUACCUCUCGUCAUGGUGAGAGAUAAGCAAGAGCAUGCACGCCGGCGGAAGGUUUGGGAUCAGGGGUUUAGCACCAAAGCACUCCGCGAAUACGAGCCCAGAGUAUCAAAAUACACCGACAAUCUUCUCCAAGUCAUUCAUAAAAACGCCGGGAAGCCAAUAGAUGUCGCCCGGUGGUUCAUGUAUUUUUCCUUCGACGUCAUGGUCGAUCUUUCCUUUGGCAAAGCUUCUAACAUGCUGGUUGAUGGGAAAGAGUCUUACAUUCUGCGGACAAUCCGCACAGACAUGGCCAAGAUUGCUUAUUUCAGCCAUUUGGCUUGGCUUUUCCCGUUCACCAAAAGACUGCCAUUUUUGAACGGCAACCUCCUCCGCCUUUGGCAAUGGAUAGCUGAGCAAGUCUCCGAGAGGGCUCAGUGCGAACCUGAACGACCCGACGUCUUUUCCUGGAUUCUUAAUCAUUACCGCCAGGGACCCAAGUCACACCAAGACACACUGAAUCUACACGGAGAUGCCCAUCUGAUAGUCGUGGCCGGAAGUGACACUGUAUCUACGACACUCACCAACGUCUUCUGCCAUCUUGCCUCCAACCCAGCGAUUACCAAAGAGCUUCAAUCUCGCCUUGACGCACUCCCAGAUCUCGAGCUUCACCGGCUGGCCCAGAUUGACUUGCUUGACGCUAUUCUCAACGAGACAUGGCGGUUUCAGUCUCCCAAUCCGUCCGGCUUACAGCGUGUCACGCCUGCAGAAGGCCUGUCCAUUGGCGACAAGUUCAUACCCGGAAACGUCAUUGUACAGGUCCCUACGUACACUGUGUAUCGAGACAGUCGCGCAUUCGAGCGCCCCGAAGAAUUCAUUCCCGAACGAUGGACAACUCGUCCCGAGCUUGUGAAGGAUCGCUCUGCUUUUAUUCCGUUCGGCUCAGGACCCUACUCAUGUGUCGGGAAGCGACUCGCCUGGAUGGAACUGCGACGCGUCAUUGCCGUGAUACUCCAUAGUUAUGAUGUUGCUUUAGCGCCAGGGCAGUCGGCCAAGGCAUUCUGGGAGGGCCAGAUGGACACUUUUACGCUUGUGACGCCGCCGUUGGAAUUGGUGUUUACGGAGAGAGAACAUGUUUGA